AUGCUCAAGCGCUACGUCCGGGCGAUGAUGGGGCUGGCAAAAAUCUGGUAUAACCACGCGCACGACGAGCGAGGGGGCCACUCUACAGCUACCCACAGUAGCUCCUCGGUGGACCUACGCAACGCGAAGGGGGGGAUGGUGGCGUCCCACUACUUUCGUGCGAAUUCUUCUCUCCGGCAGUCGCCGCAAAACGUCGUGCAACGACAAACGAAAACGCUAUUCUCCCCCAUGAGGGAAUUCCUGCCGUACAGUAGGACAGAGCACCAGCUUCUCGCAAUGCCGUGCGAGCUUUUGCUCAUACGAUGUUGUGAGGUGGUUGAAAUUGCGCAUAACUACCAGUCGGAGCUGUUGAUUCCGCCCCUUCUGCAGCUCGCGCAGAUCUAUGAGGACGUACAGCUCUACAACCAUGCAAAAUUGAUUGUACAACGCUGUCUUGGCACGCUUUGCUGUAUCUACGAUUACGACUACCCUUGGGUGGUUCAGCUGACGGAACAUAUCAGGAGGCUUGAUGCGCUCAUGCGAAAGAAGCUGAUCCACGAAUCCGCGACAAAAAUCCAAGCAACAUGGAAGAUGUACCGCACGAUGUGUGGCCUCGAGAAUGCCCUCGGUCAUUCCACGCAUCGUCACGUGUGGAUUCCGUCAAAGUACCGCGAGAAGACCGAUUUGAGUGUAAUUGACACUUUUGUGAAAGAUAUACCCCUUACUGAGGGCUGGGAAGAAGGGGAUGCCGCAUAUUGGGGUAAGUUCAGCGUAGAGUCUCUGGGAGAAGACUCCACGCAUAGGGAACUAUUCCACGAGGCGUCAUUACAUUCUCCUGAGGACAGCAACUACUCAAACAUCGAGGUGCCUUUGAGGGCACAAGUUGCGAGCCCGAUUCACGUCAACAAGAUGACGUCCCUCAACAUGAUCAUUAAAGACAUGAUCGACACUGACGACGGUGAGACGACGUCGCUGCUGAUCUCCGAUGAACCGAUGCUCGAGACUACGCAAAAAAUCAAUACCGACACUUUUGUGCAGUGCACGGAAAUUGAUGCUGCUAUAGAGGUGCGCACCAUCACUAAGACGAAGAUACUCACGAAAAAUAUCUCGAGCAGUUAUGAAGAAAUCGAAAUCGAGACCGAAGAUGAUACAGAAGAAUUAAAAAAGGAAGAGAUAGAAGUAAGUGAAAAUCAACCUGAACCCAUACGAUGGCAAAUUACAUCGAACGUUAACUAUAAAGCAUAG